UUUUUUCACUCCAGACCAUUUCUCCCUGUUCUUCAUCCCUAUUCCCUGAUCAUUCUUCUCUUUUCCAAAGCGAGAUUUUCAAAUUCUUGUCAAGAUCUCGCUUCUCCAUCACUUCUCAGUAAAAUUGUUUUGGAGAAACAGAUCACAGUGAUUGGAUUGGAGAACAUAAAUGGCUGCUCUGCAAAAAUUCAAGCUCUUAGCGACCCAAUGUACAAUUGCUGGAAGCCCGACCCGAAGCCCGACGACCAGCCCUGUAGUCCACCUCCGUCGCCGGAAGACACUGCGUAUGCUGCUUACCCUCGGCGGAAGUGGACGCCGGCAAGACAACGGCUCGCCAGAUCUGUUUAGGAAAGGUACAGGGGAGGGGAAGGAUCUGGUGGUCCGACAAAAACUCAAGGAUUUGUUCGUCUCAGGGCCGCCGUCCCCCGGUGAUGGUCCCUCGAAAAGUAUAAGGGAGGGGUUGUUGUCGGCGGCGGAGGUUUGUAGAAAUGGUGGUAUUGGUGGUGAGUCUUCCAUUGGACAAGUAGGAAUCCGCUCUCCUCGGCCAAUGUCGGCGACUUACCGGCAACGGUUACUCAGGAGAGUUUGGCGGCCAGUGCUUAUGGCGAUACCCGAGUGAUCUACAAUUGUAGGGAGAAUUAUAAUUAUAAUAAUUAUAAUUAAUAUAUUAGUGCGUAUUAUAAAUACAAUUAUUUAUAAUAUUGCAAACUGUUUUUGUGCCAAAAAACAUUCUUCGUUUUUAUUUAUGGAGUAUAAUAUUACGAGUAUUAAUUACUGAGUUCUUUCCUCUCAUAUGGACUAUGGUGCUUCGUC